AACGGCCGGGGCAAGCGCGAUGACUCCGAGGAGCGGGAUCACAGUCCCAUUUCCCGAGCCCGUCAUGCUGUGAAGGACACUUUUACUGAUUCUACGACGGGGCUCGGCGUCGGCGUUCUGGGCGCUUUGGUGGGCGGUCUCGCUGCGCACGAGGCGAGCGAGGCGACGAGUCGUCACGGAGGGAAUGGUCAUCAAACUGAAGCGCAAAAGCGCACCCAGCUUAUCUCCACGGUGGUGGGUGCUGCAGUGGGAGCGCUCGGCGCGAAUGCGGUCGAGAAGCGGCUCGAGCUGAACAGGGAGAAGGAUAGAGUUAAGCAGGAGAAGUGGGAAAGGGAGUUC